UGACACAAGCCAUGAUGAGUCGCUUCCACAAGCCCCUUCUCUCCCCAAACCAGUGCGGUUCAAGCCUAGUCCAAACAAUAGACGCACCUCUCUCACUAGUUUGGUCCAUGGUCCGCCGCUUUGACAACCCACAAGCCUACAAGCGGUUCGUGAAGACUAGCACCAUGCGUCCAGGCUACGGUGGCAUCGGAAGCAUACGCGAUGUGAUGGUCAUCUCCGGCUUACCGGCCAGAACUAGCACCGAGAGGCUUGACAAGCUUGAUGAUGACAUGCACGUCAUGGUUUUCAGCGUCAUUGGCGGCGAUCACCGGCUUGUGAAUUAUCGUUCCACCACAACCUUGCAUGAGGAGGAAGAUGAAGAAGGCGUGAAAACUGUCGUGAUCGAGUCGUACGUGGUAGAUGUUCCGGUGGAGAAUAGUAAGGAGGAUACGUGUACUUUUGUCGAUACUAUAGUUGGAUGCAACCUUAGGUCUUUGGCUAGGAUGACGGAGAAUAUGGCUUGCAUAUUUAAUAAUUAA